CUGGCACACGUUGCGCACGCACCGUUCUCCAUAUAUAACAACGGAAAGAGCUUCUUUGUUCUUCACGUGAGGAAUAGAGGAAAGCCCUUGCGUCCAAGCAUGGUCAAUCGACGCUGCGUCGUCGAAGCCUUCCUUGUAUUCACCAUGCUUGCUGAUUUCGGUCUAGCUAUUCGGUCGCUCCAUUCCCAAGUGCGCAUAGUAAAUGGUGAAUGUCAUUUCCGUGGCAGCGACUUGAAGCAAGGCUACCUGACGCUGAAAGAUGGACGAUGCUAUGAAGCUGCCUGCGUUCCCGGAGAAGGCAGAGCUGUGUUCAGAUUAGUUCGUCAAUGCGGGCGAAGUGAUUAUGGAAGAUAUUGUUGGGUCUCGGAUGGCUACUUGAGCACGCGAUGCUGUCACCAAGCGGUACUUUGUCAAUAAAGAUCACCCAGAAUAGGGAC